UAAGAAGAGGAGAUUACCCCAAGGUCACACUGGAGAGUUAAUAAGCAGCAGAUCAGCACAUGAAGAUCUGGAUGACAUGUUUGCAUCGCUGUCGAUCGACAGCGUCCUCGCCCAAGAAGAUUCAGGAAACUGUCCCAAGGAUAGGAAGAGAAAAUCAUGCCAAGAAAAUGCUGCUAAUUUGACUAACACUUUACCGGAUGAUGUUUUCGAAAAUAUGUUUGCAUCGCUUGCAAUCCAAGAUUCUAGGGUGACUGGGAAACGCGGACCUAUUAUUCUUGAUGACAAAAUUCUUGCUGAAGGCAAUUCAGAUUGCACCACUUCCACUGACUCUAGGAGGCCAAGAUCAGAGGUAUUCAUUGAAAGAGCAAAUGAACUGUUGCUGCAGCAUGAUGGAACUGGCGUUCGAGUGUUUCAUGUUCGUUUUGAUUUGAACUCCACUCAUGCUGCCCACCUUGACAAAUGGGUCCAGUUUGCGUCCGAGGUGGGUGCAAAAUAUCUGAAACUUAGCCUGGGUAAAAACAAGACAUCUUGUCCGGAGCAUUUGGUGACUGCAAAUCGUUAUACCUUCCCUUUGCAUUGCUUCGGCGAUGGACAAAAAAGGAACUCGAUACGGAAGCUAGACCUAAGGAAUUGCAAAUUCACUCCACCGCUGGAUUCCAGUGCCUUUUCGUCCAUCUUAUACCUUUUUCUAAUACGUGUCACAAUAACCAACUCCGGCAUUCAGAACAUUUGCUCGUGUUGCCCUUUUCUCAGCUUUUUGAGACUGGGACGCUGUGACGAUUUGGUUAAUGUAAGGAUUUCCCAUGAAGCACUGUUUCAUUUGGAUAUAUUUCAUUGCAACAAGCUGGUGAGUAUUGAGAUUCACGCCAGCAGACUUCUCGGCUUUCAGUAUGAUGGACAUGAGGUACACAUCAAUUAUGCUAGUACCCCAAAUAUGAGGUUUUUGGUAAAUAAGUUUGGGAACAGAAAUUGUUCUAUUCCGAAUAAUUUAGAUGCCAUGAGAAGGAUCAGCAGAAUCACCUUGACAUUUUUUUCGCCAUUGGAGGAGCCCGAUUGUAUGCUUUACGCGAAGAAAUUCAUGGCAUUACAGUCCAUCCACCUGUUUAUUUUGCCAUCUUGGAAUAAUGUUCUCGCAAUAGCUAAUCUCCUUAAAGCAACUCCUGAUCUUAAAAGACUCCGUCUAGAAGCACGCAGCGGAGACCACCAUUAUCGGGACGACGUCCAACUCCAAGUCAGCUGGCCCGGGGGCAUCUCCCUCAAGAGUCUCCGUUUCAUCACCGUGGGCGGUUUCACCGUGCAGGCCCCGCUGGUCGAGCUCUUGGUGUGCAUGGUGCUCGCGAGCACCGGUUCAGGGAGGAUAUAUCUCCAGAUCGACCCGCACCACCAUCUCUGCAAAGGGCUGGGGAGGUGGGUCAGGGAGGACGUCGGCGACAAACCGGCGAGGGACCGCGCGAGGAAGGCCGCCGAGGAGAUUCUCCGCUCUCGGCUCCCGCCGUCUGUGAAGCUCGUCAUGAAAUAAUUUGCUUGGGAUCUUCUUGUGGCUGGGAGAAGGGCUUCGUUCAGGAUGAUGAUUUUUCG